AUGGUGAGCGGGGUGACGGGCGAGCCCUUCCCUGUGGACAUCUACAUUGGUGUGGUCUACUACCAGCGCCUUCGACACAUGGUGUCAGACAAGUUCCAGGUGCGCUCCACGGGCCCCAUCAACCCGCUCACGCGGCAGCCCAUCAAGGGGCGCAAGUUUGGGGGCGGCAUCCGGUUUGGCGAGAUGGAGCGCGACUCGCUGCUGGCCCACGGCGCCGCCUACCUGCUGCACGACAGGUGGGGGCGGGGAGGGGUCCAGCCCGGGCGCACACGCCGCUGA